CCCAUGGCUGACAACAAGUAUSAUUAGCUAGGUACUGUUGAGUGAAAUACGAAGAGCUACAGAGCUAGCUACAGGAGCUCCUGGGUUAACAUCAUUUAUACACUGUUUCACGCGGCGGAGCACCGAGUAGGCGGAGUCUACGCUGCACUAUAUGAAAUAAACUCCUCUUUUGCGACCCGUCAUCACUUUUAGCCGGAUCAUGUGCUGUUAUACUGGUAAGGACCAGACCCAAUUGCGUAACUUCCUCAACUUGUAAACAAAAACAGUGAACAGUAAAAUAAACAUGCAGAGUAGCCAAACUAUUGAACAAACACAAUAUCUACUCUGUUGAUGAACGUGUCCGUUUAAAAACAAGUGACCUGAACUGCUGGAGAAACAAACAAGAACAGAAACUGAUACUGACAGCGUUCAGUGGACAGCUGGUAGGUAGGUAGCAGAAAUGGACCCCUCCUCAUGUGACACCUUUGUGGCUCUCCCUCCCUCCACUGAGGGCCAGCACAUCAUCUUUGGUAAAAACUCAGACAGACCCUGUGAUGAAGUGCAGGAGGUUGUGUAUUUUGCUGCCAGARACCAUGAUCCAGAUGAGAAGCUUGAGUGUACAUACAUAGAGAUCGAGCAGGUUGCCCACACGUAUGCUGUUGUGCUGAGCAGACCAGCGUGGUUGUGGGGGGCCGAGAUGGGCGCAAAUGAGCAUCAGGUGUGCAUUGGAAAUGAGGCAGUGUGGGGCAGAGAGAGCGCUGAUGGAGAGGAGGCUCUGCUCGGCAUGGAUCUGGUGAGGCUUGGACUUGAGAGAGCUGACACGGCUGAGAAAGCCGUGGAUGUCAUUGCCGAUCUGUUGGGGAGGUACGGUCAGGGAGGAUCAUGCAUGGAGGAUGAAUGUGGCUUCACCUACCACAAUAGCUUCCUUGUUUCAGACAGGAAGGAAGCCUGGGUGCUGGAAACAUCAGGGAAGUACUGGGCUGCAGAAAAAGUGGAAGGUGGAUAUCGCAACAUCUCAAACCAGUAUGGCAUAACAACCAAGAUAGACAAGGAGCAUCCAGAAAUGAGGGCCUAUGCUCAAAGCAAGGGCUGGUGGGACGGAAAAACAGAGUUCAACUUUGCUGCAGUUUACUCCUAUYUAACGACAGCCAGAAUAGAGUCUGCUGGGAGUCGAUACUGUGACGGGAAAAAGUUGUUAGAAAAGAGAAAUGGUCACAUCACUGCAGAGGCGAUGAUGGAUAUCCUGCGAGAUAAAGACAGUGGCAUUAACAUGGAGGGCAUGUUUAUGACAACAGGAAGUAUGGUGUCUGUGAUUCCGACGGACCCUGCUCUGCCAGGAGUUCACUACUUUACAGCAACUCCAGACCCUGAGAGCAGAUCAGUGUUCAAACCGUUCAUCUUUGUGAAAAAUGCUCGUCUGCUGAAGGACACCACCUCCCCCAGUUUUGGUUCAGAAGACCCCGUGAAGAAAAAACCUCGCUUUCAGAGCAAACCGGACCGCAAACAUCCAUUGUUUGUCAAACACGAACUUAUUGCUGCCAUAAUUGAAUCCUACAAGGACAGAGGACAGAAGAUCACAGAAGGUAUGAGGCAGCUUGAGAAAGAGAUGAUGAAAGAAAUGGAGAAGUUUCUUGAACAAGGCAUCGAGGAGCCGGACCUCUUGGUGAACCUGUUUUCAAGUUCUGUUCAGAAGGAGCUGUCUGUUUACAACAAAAGUUGAGAUACUUGUCAUUUAAAGCACAUGUGAUGUCAAAUUUUUGUAAUAAAUGUUUUUGGAAAAAUAA